AAGGAACUCAACAAAAAGAGCACAAAGCAAGAAAUCAAAAGAAGAUCAAGAAAGAAAAGAAGAUGAUGAAAACAGCCGGUGCAAUCACAUUAAUAUUCCCAAUGAUGAUGAUAUCUUUAUUGCUCAUUGCAAUAACAGCUUCUGGCGCUGUUGACAGCGAUGUGGUGCUUGAUUCAAACGGGGAUCCGGUACGGGCCUUUGCUCCAUAUUAUAUCGAGGUUCGGACUUCCCAAGGAAGAAGAGCAAAUAUUUCCGAGUUCGGAAUCGAUGAAAAUCAUGCCUUGUCAUGCCCACAAAGAGUGGUAGCGUACUCUGAUGAACUUAUGGGAAUCGCUAAACCAGUUAUAUUUCUAUUUUCAACACAUUUCGUGCGUGUAUCGGCAGAGCUUAGCAUCAAGUUCGCAUGGACCACUGAAUGCGACGAGCCCGGGGUCUGGAAAGUGGCAGAUAGCAUAGAUGGCUCAUCAUGGGCAACCAAAGAAAUAUUCCUGUCGGGAACGGAUUCAAGCAGUGACAGCACCUUCAUCAUCAAGAAAUCUGAGAACGGAUCUUACAAGUUAGCUUUUGGAAGUUCUGAAAAACCACAGGAUUUCGGUUUAGAUGAGAUACGUUAUGGAGUGUGGAGGUUGAUAUUGUCGAACAACUCUGGCUUUACCGUUUCUUUCGUCCCGGCGUAAUGUUCCCACUUGUACCGGCUACUGCUUCUGUCCUCUUCUUUUUUCCUGAUUUUAAAUUUAAAUCAAAUGAACUGAUGUUAGAAGUUUCAAGGCUCUAAAACAAAUGUUGUAGUAUAUGAGAUUGUCGAACUAAUUCUAAGGAAUUUUAAAGCACUGAGAAUACAAGUACUCACUUAAUCUAAGUGCAAUCGAAUAAAUGAUGGUUUUAAACUAUAACUAAGAAUAAGAAAAGCCAUAACUAAAAUAACUUCCUUGAUUAAGAGAAAUGAGAACUUAUGGGAGUAGGGAAUUUGACCUUGGGUGAUCAGGUUUCGAACUAAGGAUGACAAUUGAUCAAUCAAACUAUCGACCUUAAGC